AUGGCUAUAACUGGUGGGACAGUGGAGAGUCUGGAAGAAAUUCCAGCUCAUGUUUGGAAGGGUGUACCAGAUUGUUUGAGUCUGGGUCCUUCUGCUAUAAAUCAGAACCGUAUUGGUGAGUAUGUAUGUGUCUCUAGUUAUUGCAAGGAAGUUUGGCUGAAGCAAUCAGUCAUUUUUAAAGGUUACAUUAUUUUCUAUUACGCCUAAAACAUAUUUAUUUCUUAAGCCUUUCAUUAAUUAAUAGUGUGCCUGCAAAUCCCCUGUGAUUAAGAUUAGAUAAGAUAUUCCGUUUAAUAGUCCCACAGGGGGAAAUUCCAAUUUAGAGCAGCAUAAAUACAGAUACAAAAAGAGAAAUUAGAGGAUAAAGAAACUUGGAGUUAAAAAAAGAAAUAUAUAUGAGUCUGUUUACAGAAUAUACAUAUAAAUAUGAUUUAUUGCACACUGAGGUUUCUGUUGUGGAGUCUGACAGCUGCAGGAAGGAAUGACUGAGAUACCUCUCUGUCACACACUUCGGGUGGAGCAUCCUGUCCCUAAAGGAGCUCCUCAGUGCAGUGAGUGUGUGUUGGAGGGGAUGAGUCUCCACAGAUUAGACUUUAAUUUUACUGUGACUUUAGAGGAUUUUUGUGGACACAAAUACAAGAAAAAAAGCAUAGAGAAAAGGACAAAUAAACAAAUGUACGUAGCUAAAAGUGAUUGAAAUUAAAUCUAAAGCAAUUACAUCACAGUGCAGACAAAAUAAAAGGAUGUCCAAUUGAAUAUCUCACUCAAUUCACAAACAAGCCUCUUCUGGUAAAUAUUCAAUUACUACUGAAAGAGAGUAAUUUUCAUUUAAACAAAAUAGCAACAUUAUCCUUCUGUGCUGUUUUUUCUUAAUAUUGUAGAGAGCUGAUUACAGAAAUCAUGCAGGGAUAUUCAAUAUUUCAAUGUAAAUCAUAGUCAAAUGUUUUUGAGAAUUGACUUAUUAUGAGAUCUGUCCCACUGGUCUCCAGUUUAACAUACUGUAAAUUGCAGUUAAAAGACAUGGUUUACCUACUUUUCCUUUUUAAACAGUAAAAUCCCAGACAUGAAAAACCAUAAAUGCCAAUUCUAAGCAUCUAUAUCAUAUGCAAAAUUCACUACGGUUAAAAUAGAACAUACUUGAGGACAGUUUUCUCGGCAGAGGCACAUCAAUUUAUCCAAAGACCGUGGAUAGAUUUCUUCAAACUUAACGUACACAUUACGUGCUUCAGAAGUUUAUAAAUCUUAUUGUAACAGCUUAUGGUUUUCAGGUGUAUGGGCCACUCAGGAAAUUCCUAAAGGGAAGAGGUUUGGCCCGUUUGUUGGAGAGAAGAAGAAGAGGUCCCAGGUGACAAGUAAUGUCUACAUGUGGGAGGUAUGUCACAGGUUGGGUUCAAUAUACUUAACCUGCCUCAGUGCAUAAAUGAAUCAGGCUGAAUCUAGCCCAACUCAGCUCUGUGCCAAUUGCAGUUUGUAUUCCAAUAACAAGAGCAUAACCCACAUAUAAGAUGUGAUGUACCCUGUAAGAGCUGUAUGAUUAAUCAGCUCAGACUGUUGAGGAACAACAGAGGGUGUGCUAUGGAGCAAGAUUAAUUGGUAAGAAAAGUAAGUUGUGCUCAAGGGCAGACUUUACAGCUUUAUGGAUCUCCUUAAAACUGGCUUGAUUGCUAUGGUAACGUAUGCUGCACACCCUAAUGUUCAGAGUAUGAAAUGUAAUAUCCUUUCAUGAAUUAAUGUCAUACAACACUCCAUGUAAAUUUAUAUUAGAAAGCUCAACUUGUACAUUAUCAAGACGAUAAUGUUAAGCUGUGUCACUACAUUUGUAAUGCCUCAGACUUGCAGCUACAGCAGACGAAUAGUAUCUCAUGAGAGGAAGCUGCUUGCAGUCUGUUGGUAAUUACUUAUAAAAACCCGUUGGGACUAUGAUAGGUUGUGAUUUGCUGUGCUUGAUUUGCAGCUACAAAGCUGAUUACCAUUUUUUUAUAUAUGAAAUUUGAUUGACAAUUAUCACAGUGUCUUAGUCAAUCAAUGAAAAUAAUUUUGCCUUCAACUGGAAAAGUGUUUUUUUGCCAGACCGAGCAAUUCCUGACUGACUGGCUGAAACUAUCUGUAACUAUAAUGGUUAAAGUUUCAGAGCCCCACACAAGAGGCCUUGAAGGCACAUUGAUGUGAAAGAAUGUUUAAGUUAGAGGAUUACAUAAGUAAUUAUUUUGCAAGCAUCCCUCACUUGUCGUUUCUGUAUUAGUAAUGUCGUAGUUACAGGAAUAACUUGCCAUGCUGUGUUCUCUCUUCUCCUUUUUCUGUUCUGAGAAAGAGACUGACGAUGGUUUUAGGUUUUGCUAGUUUACUCAAAGUCAACUUGUUUGUAGUACACCACUCUGCUGCUUCAGAGAGAAAUGUAAAAACCUUUUCUAUCUACUAGCAAUGACGAAUGCUGCUGACUAUCCAGGCUCACUUUUAGGUUAAGAUGACCCCCAUUUAGUGUUCAAGUACAGCCUUGACCUUUAUUCAUAUACAGUCGUUUUACCUACAGGUUUAUUUCCCAACACGGGGUUGGAUGUGUGUCGACGCAACAGACCCCAUGAAAGGAAACUGGCUGCGAUAUGUGAACUGGGCGCGCUCCAGUGAAGAGCAGAACCUUUUCCCUUUGGAGAUCAACAGAGCCAUUUACUACAAGGUUUUGAGGGUAGGUUAAACACAUUAAACAGUCCUUAUGACAACUACUCACUUUCAAGACACAGACUGCAUUAUGGUAAAUACGUUCAGAAUUGUCUUGUGGUUUUGGGAUUAUGUCACUGCAUGCUCUAUGUCAUUAAAGGGAUAUUGCAGCGUAAAAUUAAUUUAGGGUGAAACACAUCGCAACACUGAGUUAGACACCCCCCCGAGAGAUGAAUUUUGCCGACCGCUUGUUUCUCUAGUUAUACCAACUUUAGUAACAACCACAUGGUAGUAAUACAGAGAGCCAUGCGCUCAACCGAAAAGCCACUCUAAAGCCACAAAUACUUCAGUACAUAUAGGGUCCCAGCCGCAGCACUAGCCACCAAACAUCUUUUUAUCUUUGCCUAAUUUCUUUAGCAAAGAGACUAAACACAACUCACCCACUCUCCUCCAGCAGCUGCUUGUUUGUAGCGAGACAGAGACCUCCAGACGACUGCAGCAGGGUGACACACCUCAAGGAACAACAUUUAUGAUCAUUUUUUCAUGGAGAUGCAAUCAGACCGAGACGCUGAGGCAGAAGAACUACCGCGCCUUAAGUGCAAAAUGAGUAAUAUGAUGAUUAAUACUUCAAGGAAACGAUAAAGAAAUUAUCAUAAAUGUUCUUCCUUGAGCUGCAUCACCACUAUGGCCACUAUAGAGUGGCGUUUUGGUUGAGGUUUGUUUAUGGCUCCUCAGACCACUGUGUUUUGCUAUCAUGCGGUCGUUACUAAAGUUGGUAUAACUAAAGGAGCAAGCAGUCGACAACAUUCAUCUCUGGAGGGGAUGUCUAACUUGGUGUUACAGUGUGUUUGGACCCUAAAUUAAUUAAUAUCCCUUUAAUGUUUAUAAGUUCUUUAGGUCUUCAAAGGCCAAUAUGCUCUAAGGAUGUUAUUAAACAUAUUUAAAAUAUCCCACCCACCUGAAAUUAUAGAAAUACCUUUCAAUAAAGUGUAGUUUGAGCAAACUUCAACAUCAGUUGUCAAUUAAUACCCCCGACAUUGUCAGUCAAAACUGAGCAUUCUUGGUAAAAUGUAAAAAAGUGAGAAUUACAUGCUAAACUGUAGUGAAACAUUUGUUUUAAGAUUGUUAAGAUGUUCCUAUUAAUGUAUUAAGAGAACAAACACUUAUACUGCACACAUUAUUCACACCCCUACAAACUCAACCAGCUGCUUUUAAUAAAUGAGUAAUAUAUUAGCCAUUCUUAUGUUGCUUGGUAUAAGGGGUGAACAAGAGAUUAUAAGAUUUUAAAAUCAAGAUGACUGUCUUAGAAAGCAUUAGAUAACUAAAUUAGAAUCAGAGGAGGUUUUAGGUUUUAUACUGGUUACUAUAUCCCGACCAAGUGUGCCAUUGUGGAGACACUGCAGACUAUGGUGAAAAGACAGACAAAUUCCAUAAGCCCCCAAGCCCUUAGUGUAGACAGAUAAGAUGCACAGUGGCCCAAAUAUUCCCCCCUGCCUCUCAGCAAGCCAGGCUGUGAUUGGUGGGCGACCUCAUCUCUCAUUGUUGCAGCCUAUCGGGCCGGGAGAAGAGCUGCUGGUGUGGUACACUGUGGAAGACAACCCUGAGAUAACAGCUGCACUGGAGGAAGAAAGAACCAGCAGUCUGAGCAGGAAAAACUCACCCAGGGCGAAGCGAGGUGAGGCCUUUCUUUGCAGCCGAGAUGAUAUUUCUGUUUGAGGUAUAAUUUCUUCUACGUGCGGCUCUCAGACGCCGCGCUAAGGUUGCGCUCAGAUGUGGAUUUGUCUUGCAGCCUGGAGUCGAAGUUGUAACUGGCGAGCUAACUAGCUAGGAAGGCUAGUGGCGGCUAACGUUAACGGUUGCGAUGAGUGUGGCUGUUCCCUUACUUCCACACACACACACACGACCUAAAACCAGUCACGUUUAGCGCCUGCUAUACUGAAUUGCGACCAAUUGGCGAACCUAUUGUCGGAAAACAUAGUGUUCGACUCGUAUAUUAGCGGUUGAACAACUUUUCGAGCAGCUUUUCCUCCUCUGGGUCCGGACGUUGUCGAGGAUGUGACCUUCCUUGAGUUUCAUCCAUCCGCGAGCCUCUCUCUCUCGAGCUGCUUGAUGGUGGCCUAGCGUGUUAGCUAACUAGCCAGCUUCCUCAUCCAACUGUAAGCUGACUAUAAUACACGUAACUAACAAAGUACGAAUGUAAAGGAGUUGUACGUUGCGUAUAUUGUAUAACAUUUCCCUUUAGCGUCCCUCUGUGUCCAGAAUAACCAGUUCAUCGAGUUGUCAGAGUUGGUGUUACAUGCUAGCUAAGGCUAAACGGCUAGGUCUGAACUCACGGACAUCCCGGUGUACAGGAGCAGAUGGUGAACUGUUCGUUGUAGUUUUGACUAAAAACAGUAUUUUUGACAUGUUUUAUAGAGUUCUAAUAAAAGGGAUUUCGCGAUGAUAGUGUAACAGUGACGUUUCCAAGCGUUAACAUUUCGGACCAUCAGAUCCUAAUAAAGGAGUGUCGAAAACAACAAAAAUUAAAGAAACGCCUUUUGUUUUUCGUUAAGUUAAUAGUACAUGAAAGUAAGGGAUCAACUUGUUGUCAAGUCCAUAAUCACGGCUGCUAAACUUCACAAUUACAUCUGCGACAAUGAACUUUGGACAUAGUGUUUCCAUGUUGUGUAUCACAAUGUGGCACCAUGACAAGAGGCAGAUUCAGAUAUAUGUCUCUUAAAUGUUAAUAUAUUUGAUCUGAUCCUUCUGUUUUUGAUUCUUCUUAUUUUAAUCUAUCAUCCCCGAAUCUCUGAAACAUUAAAAUACACUGGCCAGCCACAACAGUAUGUUAAUCUGAGCAGCCUAAUGCGCCACAUUACUGCGGUAUAGUGGAAUACAAUAUAUCUGAAGGCUCUCCUCGUGUUUUGCUUCGCUCAUGUUUGUUGGACAAAGUAAUUUGAGGAGCACUCUUCAAUAUAAUGUACUCCAGUAUACCAUUUCCACCCACAACAGCUUCAACAAUUAAAUAACAGUUUGAAUUUGAGUUUCAGGAGAGCCCCUUAAAGUGCAGCAUCUCAUUUACUAAGGGGUCCAAAAGAUGUAAAUAAGGUUAUAGCAGGUUGGUGUGUCUGAUCUGAUCUUGUCUAGUUUUGAUGCUUCUUUUUUCACAAGUCUUCCCCACUUCUCUGGUGUAAAGAAAUAAAGAGGCAUUGUGCACAGUUUACAGGUGAUGGUAGACAUAGAUUAAACAUUUUAUUUUAAUGUUCCUCAGUGAACUGAAUCUUUGUUUUGGUACAAUUAAAAUGAACUUCCCUAAGUUGAAAAAGGGUGGCUGGGAUCCACUAUUGAUGCCUUUUAUAUUUCUAAAUAGUCAUUGUAUUUAAAUGUUCAGACCUGCUGUCAAAUGCUGAAUUUCUCAGGAGGGGAGCAUUUUUAAAUUUCUGGGAGUAGACUGCAACACAUCAUCUUUCUGUGCUGCAGAGUUGUGACUUUUGUAGCCGCCUACUGCAAAGUCAGCCUCGAUGAAAAUAGCCUAGCUAUUCUGUUUUUAAUAUCUAACAUCAUGCACAUUGAAUGUGUUCUUGUCUGGUGACUGCUUCAUAGAAAAUUAUGUAAUAGGUAGGUUAAGCCUUAAAAUGCUUGUGCUGUUAAAUAAAGGGGAGGUGAAAGUGUACUUGCUUUGCUGUUGCAGGUUUAGCAGAAUGUCUUUUUAGAAGAGCUAGUCAGAUGACUGACCUACAGCAUGUGUUUCUCUGGUAUGAAUUAGGCUUUGUAGGCUAGGUCAGGUGACCUUGUUGACACACUCAAAUGAUGAGGAGGUGCCAGGGAAGCCUCUUGAGUUAGGCAAGGGUUAGAAAUUCAAAGUAUUCUUAUGCUAGUUAGUUUCAUGCUUAUGCUAAUGAAACCCCAUUAUAUUAAAUGCAAAAAUGAAGCUGCAUCAUUCAAUAGAGUUAGGUUGUCAAUUAAUUUGUGUUUGGUAUUUUGGUAUUAUGCUCUAAUAGACACAGCCUUUUUUACCAUGUACUGAUGUAAAUGGAUUAUUUGGAUCAUUGUUAAGCAAGAAUAUGGUCAUAAAAUAUUUGUAAAUAGGAGAAGCAGUAGGUGUUUGGAUAAACCAACAUCAGUGUUUACCUUUUGUACUUUGAAAACAGUGUUUGUUCUCCAUCAAGCCUGAUGCAAAGAAAUUUGUGUUUGUUCUUGCAGCCAGGAAAAAGCUGCUGGAGAGAGCCAGACAGGCUGGUUUGGGUGGAUUCAAGAAAACAAGUGUAACCGAACCUACUGUCAAGGAGAUGUGGGAUGGGGAAGACGGUAAGAUGACUUACUGUUAAAGACAUUUGCAUAUCUGCAUAUUGGCAUUUUCAACCCACUCUGUAACUUAACAUUUCCCAGGUUUUUGUCAUUAUGUCAAGAGAGUCAGCUGCUACUCAAGCUUGUGUAAUAGUCUGAUGUGAAAAGACUUAUUUUGUUCUUCAUGAUCAAAUUUUUUAGGCCUGAAGGAGGGAGAUGAAAGGACAUCAGCUUUCAGGCCCUCACAGGAACUCCAGGAAACCCAUCCCACGAGAAGCACUAACUAUAAAAAUGAGAGGGACAAGUCAGCAGUAAUGGCAGACAGAGGAAAUGGUGAGCAGGAGGAAGAUGAGGAAGACGAAGAAGAGGAGGAUGCUGAUGACCUGCAGGAUCCAAGGGAAGUAAAUCAGCAAACUGCUCAGCAUUCCCCAGCGCCUGAUUUCAUGCAGAACAACUUGACAAGUGGCGAGGAGAGCCAUAAGGGUUGGCAGGGAAAUGUUAAGUCUUCCUCACUUGCAGGGCAAGAACUAGAGGUUGACCCUGACCUGGACCUAGAUCCUGACCAAGAUGGUGAUCCUGAGGCAGAUCCAAAUGGAGAGUCAUUUCCCUGUCAGCACUGUGAGCGCCACUUCUCCACUAGGCAGGGUCUAGAACGUCACAAUCACAUUCAUGCUAUAACUAACCAGCAAACACAACUGUUCAAGUGCCGGUACUGCAGUAAGUCGUUUGGUUCACAGGUGGGAAGGCGGAGGCAUGAGAGGAGGCAUGAGAGUGGGCCUAAAAAAAGGCCUGGCUCCCUGGCUGGGACUGCCAGUUUACUCAGUCCGGUGUUGCAGACUGAUGGCUCAAGUCCAGACUGCACCAGCCCAACAACUCAGUAUAUAGCCAUAGGGUCUCAGUUUACUGGGGGAGUAUCUCAGUUUCCUGGAGGAGCUCUGCACAACUCUGAGGUACAGAGAAAGGAGCUUCACAUCGACCGUCCCUUUGUGUUGGAUGAAAACGGGGAGUCUAAGGAACUCCAUCCUUGCAAGUACUGCAACAAAGCAUUUGGCACACACACCAACAUGCGCAGACACCAACGCAGAAUACACGAACGACACUUGUUACCAAAGGGUGUCCGCAGGAAAGGCAUGCUGCUCCAAGAAGCCUCGGCACCGCAGCAACCCGAUGAGUCCCCAAGCACCAGCCCUCCGCCUGUCUACGUGCCCAGUGCAGACACAGAGGAUGAGGCCGAUAGAGAUGAUUACGCUGUGGACAUAUCCAAAAAUAUCUCAGAGAAUUUGAGCUUUUACAUCGAUGGUAAAAUUGUCUCCACCAGUACAGUGAGCAGCUGUGAGGUGAUAGAGGUGGACUCUAGAUCUGCCGCUCUAUUUGGUCUAGACACAGUCAUCAUUAGUCCAAAUCAGAUCAACCAGGCUCUAAAAGUGGAGGGCAGAACCGCUGCUGUAAAGCAAGUGUCUAACAUUGGUCAGCCAGCUGCAAAAAGAAGAACAUCUACACCCCCACUUGUCCCCAGCCUGAAAGUGGAAACAGAAACGUCAUCUUUCACGGCCUCUUCAUCGUCUUCAUCAUCCUCUACAUCUUCCUCGUCUAACUUGUUAGUGGGAGGACUCUUCCAGCAGGCUGCAGAUUCGUCAGCGUUUCAACGAGAGAAAACUGUUUAUCUCUCCCCCAAGCUGAAGCAGCUUCUACAGACCCAAGACAUCCAGAAAUCAACCAUCACCCUGAUAACAGAAAGCCAUAGACUGGCCUCACCGCUGUCAGUCACGCCGAUGCCAGGAGUUUCAGGGAGGUUUAAAAGGAGGACAGCCUCUCCUCCAUCUUCUCCACAGCUCAGUCCUGCGUGUAAGACAGAGAGCUGUAAAACCGAGGUCUCAAGCUCGUUCACCCUGAAGGUGCCAAAGGUAGAGAGCCGCAGCGCGUCCCCCCCUGGGAGCCUCCUGGACAAGGAAGAUGGAGACAGCCUGAGCCUUCCUGGAAAUAAUUUUCAAAGCCAAUCUUCCAGCAGUGGGGGCAACGCUUGCAAUCAGCAGCCCUUGGAUCUGUCGAGUUCUGUGGGCAGGAGGAGUGACAGUUUGAACAAGGUGCUGGGGGAUUCGGCUCUUGAUUUAAGCUUUCAUCGGAAGAGCAACGUGGAGGCUGAAUUAAAGGGAACUUCAACACCGCAGCCGCUGGUUAAAAAGAGAAAGCCUAACACCAGCAUGCUUGAAAAGGUACUGAUGAAUGAGUAUGUGGGUCUUCCGUUGCAGGGAGAGGACAGCUCUUCACCUUUAGCGAAUCUUAGUUGUUUUAAUUCUCAUUCUCCAAACGUCAUGUCGGAGUCUGACAGAGCUCACCCCUCCCCGCCCCCUCUGACCCCUGUGACCAUGAACCCCUCCUCCCCUGGAACAUCCAGCGUGACAUCUCCGACACCGCCUCCCCCUGUACUACCGACUAUACCCUCCCCUCCACCUAUGCCUAGCUCUCCACUUUCUCACCCCUCGGACUCCUCUGUACUGAGACCACUUCCUGUCCUCUCGCCAAAAAUGUCUCCGAGAUCAGAUGAACUCAAGCUCCAGCCAGACUCAGAGGAGAGUAUGUUAGUUGUAGAAAACAAAAACGAGGAAGAGAACCAAACCCUUGAGCCACUACAACCCCCAAAGUCCCCUCCACAGGAAGAUACCCCCAAUUCCUGCCAUCCUGAGCCAUCUCCAGUAGAACUCCCUCCAACAGAAGAAGAUGUUUCUUUAACUCCAACUUCCAGCAGUUUGCUAAACGGCAAAAUAAACCAAAUCCUUGACUCUGUCAGAGAGAAUUCUCUUGCUGCUAUCUCAUCCCAGCAAGAGCCCUCACCUUCCUCAUCAUCUCCAUCCCCUACACCCCGUGAGCCAUCUCCAGCACCAGUCUCGCCAUCUCUUUCUCCAAUUAAGAUCAAAACAGAACCUCUGCACAGUGUAGAUGAGCUGCCAGUUAUGAAUCAUACAACUCAAGAUAUCAUGGAUUCUUCACCUCAGACUGCUGCUCCUGAAAAACCCUCUGAUAAAGCCUCUGAGGGGGAGGAAGUCGACUCGACGUUCUGCAAGACUUUUGUGUGUAAUGUCUGCGAGGAGCCGUUCAGCUCCAUCAAAGAGCUCAGUGGACACAUCACAGAGCACGCUACAGACUGGCCCUUCAAGUGUGAAUUCUGCGUGCAGCUGUUUGGCGACGGCCCCGCGCUGCUGGCGCACCGAACAACGCUUCACGGAGUGGGAAAGAUUUUUGUGUGCUCUGUGUGCUCCAAGGAGUUCGCGUUUCUCUGUAACCUCCAGCAGCACCAGAAGGACCUGCAUCCGAACGAGUCCUGCUCACACACAACCGUAGAGAGCGGCAAGCUUAGACCACAAAACUACACAGAUCCCUCUAGAGCCAAAGAAGAAAGCUGUCCUUCAACACCAGCACCAGAGACAGCUGAUGAAGCUGCCCCUCACAAUGACUCUGAUUUAGUGAAAGAGGAUCCAAGCAUUAAUGGGAAUCACACAGAGGAAGGAGCAGAGGACCCCAACGAGGAGCUGUACACUACAAUAAAGAUCAUGGCUUCAGAGGGAGGCAAGCCAAAAGGACCUGAUGUCCGCCUCGGCAUUAAUCAACACUACCCCAGUUACAAACCACCCCCUUUUCCCUAUCACAGUCGUUCCCAUGCUGGCUCUGUGGCCUCGGCUACCAACUUCACCACUCACAACAUACCACAAACUUUCAGCACUGCCAUACGCUGCACCAAGUGUGGCAACAGCUUCGACAACAUGCCCGAACUGCACAAGCACAUUUUGGCCUGCGCUAAUGCGAGCGAUAAGAAGCGUUACACUCCCAAGAAAAACCCCAUCCCCCUCAAGCAAAUAGUCAAGAGUCCUAACGGGGUCGUGUCACCCACAGCAGCCACUGCAGGUCACAGUGCUUUCCGUAGAAUGGGUCAGCCAAAGAGACUUAACUUUAACCAAGAUACCGGUAAAACAAAAAUGAGUGCCCUCAGUAAAAAGAAAAACCAGCUGGUCCAGAAGGCAAUUUCACAAAGAAAUAAAGCUGCCACCAAUGCAAAAAAGACCGCUAAAGUUGAAGAAGAGCAGGCUUCCAAUGUCUGCCCCCACUGCAGCCGGGAGUUUACUUAUCCUGCAAGUCUCAAUAAACAUAUGGCCGUCAGCUGUCCCUUGAAGCCUGUUGUUAAAAAAGGCAAAAAAGGUCUCGUAGAGGUGAAAAAAGAGGCAGUGCCUGUGGUAGAUAAAAACAUGAAUCUAAGAAAGAAAGCUUCAGACUGUGAAACCCCACAGACAGAGCCAGAGUCCAAACCCCUGGGAAAGACCAGGGCUCGUAGCUCGGUUGCAGCAGACUCCGAACCCACACUGACCAGCAAAGGAAAACCAGCGGCUACCCAGGGUCGUCAAAAAAGGCCAGCCUCGUUUCCAGCACCAGUCCCCCCUAGCAAAAAAAACAAGAAGGGCCAAGUUCAGUCUCUACCUCCCACCCCAACUGCCCCAGAAACUCCUACUGACACUGCACCCCAACGGCCGGCCAUGAGAAUGCAGCGCAUGGGUAAGGAGGCGGCACCCAAGAAAUUAGCAGAGGCCAAAUCACAGCCACCGACGCCACAGCAGAAGAAAGAGGUGCGGUUACCCCCCAGAACGAGAGAGAGAGUAGGUGGUCCAGUUACCAGGAGUUUGCAAAUUGCCAACACAGCUCCUUCUACUGAGGUGAAAACCGAGGAACCACCGAUUCAAGAGCCAAAAGAGACUCAGGUAAGACAUUACCCACCGGUUGUUUUUUGUAUUUUCUUGCCGCUAGUAUUUAUUGAAGCAUGAGAAAUUGGCCACAACAAGAGUUCCUUCAUGCAGGUAUGCUGGUGUCACUUUUUGUUUGUAUGAACAGUUUUCAGCGCUGGUACUCUUAAGGUUGAAGUUUGGGGCUUCAUUAGGCCCCAAUUAGGUAGUUUGUCAACCAAAAAAACAGAAACCUCACAAUUAACCUGCUUUAAGACACAGCUGUGGAUUUCCCAUUUCUAAUUCUUCAAAAUAAGGAUCCAGGUUUAGUGUAGCGUACAGAUCAACAUUUGUUCUUCACAUAAUAAGAGGUCAAAAUGUUUCUGACAAGGAAAGAGGCUUAAGGUCCUUUUUUGUCCGUUUUUGUCGUGCGAUUAUUUUGGACGUCAGUAUUUUUUUUUAACCCGUAUCCUGUCAAUACAAGUGUUCACAUCCGCAACGUUUUCCCGUCCUGCGAUAUUGCGGCAUUUAUUUUUUCGGAUCAUGGUCGAUUAUUCUAAAGUUUCACAUAGUGUGUGUCCACUUCUGACCAAUCAGAUUUCAUGUUGCUGCGACGUCAGAUUCACUGGUAUAUCCAACAUGGCCAACCGACUGAUUGUUUACGCGUCGGAGAGCAGAGUGAUUUUUGAUAAAAGACACAAAUAUUACAAAGAUAACGACCUGAAGGACAACUUGUGGAGAGUCAUAUGAGCAUUUCUCAUAUGACGAUGGUUUGUGAUCUUUAACAGUUUGCUGAACGUCCUUGUUUUAACUUUCAUCUGUGCUAAGUAACUUAAGCUCGAAAGCUAACCUGUUCAGAUAUAACAUACCAUAAGUAUUUUCACUGUCUCAAACUCAGUCGCGUUGCUGUCACAGCACCAUUAGGUCUCAGUUGUUACCUUAUGUUUAUGGAUUAUAGUUUAAUGUGCUUAUCUGGUACUGACCCCGACUCAGUACAUGCUAUCAUGACAGACAGACGUCUCAACACUAGUGUCUAAUCAGUCUCCUAAAAACUAAAACAAACUGUGUCAUAAAAAUAAAACCUACAACACAACUUGAUGCUUUUCUUUAUUAGCUGAAAACAUCAGUAUUUUGAAAAAAAAAAACUUUUUCUGUAAAGAUAAGAGUUUUUUUCAGUUUUUACUAUCAGUUUAUUUUCACUUUCAUUUAAGAACUUUUGAAACCUGAACGUUUGCAAAGAGGUUAAUUGUAUUUGUGCUCACAAUUCUAUCAGAACGUUGUUACUGUGAUUUAGUUUCCCCACAGCUCAAGGUGAUAAUUAUGUAGAUUUUACUGCAUUGAAGAAAAGAUCAACAGUCUGUUAUCCAAUCCAAUCGAAUCCAUUUUAUUUAUAUAGCAUGAUUUAAGCAUACGCAAGGUUUCCAAAGUGCCGCACAGCAAGAUAAAAAUACAAUAACACAAUGGAAGCACAAUAGAAGGUAAAAAUAAAACGAGAUGAAACACAGUAAAAUCCAAUAAAAUAAAAUAAAAUCAAAAUAAAAUAAAUGAAGUCAACCUCCUACUGAAUGUUAAAAGCCAAGGGGAUGAGGUGGUUCUUUAGAAAGGAUUUAAAAACCGGGAAAGAGGAUUCCUGUCUGAUGUGCUGAGGCAGGUUAUUCCAAAGUUGAGGAGCUGCGACAGCAAAGGCACGAUCCCCUCUGAGCUUCCGCUUUGUUUUAGGCUCUCUCAGGAGCAGCUGACCUGAGAGACCGGGAAGGAGUAUAAAAGUGUGGAAGCUCAGAGAGGUGCAGCGGGGCAAGACCAUUUAAGGGAUUUAAUCUUUGACUUUUAAAACGGUCAAAGAUGAUAUUUCUAUCACGGAUAAUUUGUGAUCACAGCAGCUGUUGCAGCUCCCUGUCGCUAAGUUUUGUAUGCGUUUUGUCUUUUCAGGAAUUGCCGAUGAAGUGA